AUGCUCAAUGCCAGAAAUGUCCAUGUACCAUAUGCAUACGCCUAUUACAUUCGAGAUGAUAAUAGAAAUGUAAGUGAUGGUGACACUGAUGACAAUGACCAUACAGCUUUGACGUUCUCCAAAUUGCGUCUGUACAGAGGUGAAGACGCCGCCCAGCACUUUAUCAAAUCGAUACGGGAUGACGUACAGAAGAUUGGCGAUAUAGUGUAUGGGCAACGUCUGCCGAAUGACCCUCCACGGUUAACACAGGUGGAAGAGGAUUCUUUCCGCGAGCAAACAGUAUGCUACAUAUGCAAGCGAGAAUUCACAAUACUCGACCCCCGUGUUAGAGAUCACGAACACUCUCCUCCCUAUACUUACAGAGGAGCAGCACACCGUUCCUGUAAUAUCCGCCACAAGGAACAGGACACUAUCAACAUUUAUCUCCACAAUUUAUCCAAUUACGAUGCUCACUUUAUCAUCAGAGAGCUAUCCGUUGAUAAAGGAAAUAUAAAUGUACUCGCAAAUACGGAGGAAAAGUAUAUCACAUUCUCCAAACGAUUUAAAUAUCCGGGAGCAGGUCGGCAAGGUGGUCUCAAACUACAAUUUGUUGAUUCCUAUAGGUUAAUGUCAAAAGCAUUAGGGACAUUAGCAUCAAUCCUGCCGGCCGAUAAAUUAAAAAUUACAAAGUCACGCUACCCCAAUCAAGAACAGUUUGAUCUGCUUAGGAGGAAAGGUGUAUUUCCGUAUGAGUACAUUUCAUCGAUGGAGGUACUCGAAGAAGAUGUCCUUCCACCAAAGUGUGUAUUUGGAGAAGGAGUGAGUGAUGCGGAUUACGAGCAUGCGCAGCGAGUAUGGGAGAAAUUUGACUGUACGACCCUCGGACAGUAUGCUGAUAUCUAUUUGGCAACUGACGUAUUGCUAUUAGCGGAUGUGUUCGAGGGAUUCCGAGAGAUGUGUCUAACACAUUACGGAUUGGACCCAGCGCGUUAUUUAACACUACCAUCAUAUGCUUGGGACGUAAUGAUGUUCAAGACAGAUGUUAUCCUUGAUACCCUACAAGAUAUUGAUAUGUAUCUGUUUUUUGAGAAGGGUAUUCGAGGUGGACUGACCCAAUGCGUUACUAGACACGUUGUUGCCAACAAUAAGUUUACCAGAAUGGAAACAAUUGGCAAUGACCGAGACGGUCAGAACGCAGCAGCAUCAAGUGAAUAUUGCGAUGAAAGAGAUGACGAUACAUUUAUAAUGUAUUAUGACGCAAACAAUCUUUAUGGCUGGGCAAUGUCGGAACUGCUCCCUCACUCCAAGUUUGAGUGGUUAUCACGUCAGGAAUGUGACGACUUGGACAUUGGAAGAAUUCCAACAGAUGGUGAAUAUGGAUAUGUGCUGGAAGUAGAUCUAGAAUACCCCAGAGAUCCAGCACUGCACGAUCGACACAGGGAUUUACCAUUCUGUCCCGAGAUAUGCAAAGCACCGAUUAAUCAACUCCCAUACUCGUUGGAGGAAAUUAUCAAUAGUGGAGCAGGAAAAUCGAAGAAACUAAUGGCCACACUGAUGGAUAAGAGGGAAUAUGUAAUUCACUAUCGCUACCUACAACAAGCUAUAGAGAAUGGAUUACGUGUAACUCGAAUCCACAGAGUGAUUCGUUUUAAACAGUCGGCAUGGUUGAAACCGUACGUGACUAUGAAUACCGAACUUAGACAGCGUGCUGCAAAUAAAUUUGAGGUAGAAAUGUUUAAACUUAUGGUAAACGCUGUCUACGGUAUGAGUCUUCAGAAUGUGCGCAAACAUCAAGAUUUAAAGAUUGUAUCAUCCCGCAAAACAUAUACAAAGUAUGUAGCAAAAGCUAAUUUCAAUGACCGUAUUUGGUUAAAUGAGAACCUUGCCAUACUGAAUAUGUCAAAAGUGCGGGUAGUACUGAGCAAACCCGUCUACGCAGGGAUGUGCAUUCUGGACCACAGUAAGAGGUGGAUGUAUGGUUUCCACUAUGACAUGGUAGAUAGGUAUGGAAUCGAUAGAAUAUCGAUGAUUUACAUGGACACCGAUGGCUGUCAUUAUUCAAUACGUACUAAGAACGUAUACCGCGACAUGUUAGAACAUUUGGACGACUUUGACACCAGUAACUAUCCCCGGAACCACAUUUGUUACGACGGAGGAAACGCUAGAGUUCUGGGGAAGUUUAAGGACGAAGCUGCCGGUGUGGCCAUUAAAAUGUUCAUUGGUCUGAUGUCGAAGCUGUAUUGUUUCACGUAUAGCAUCUUAACGUGUGCGCCUGAAGGAGACAACGGAGAUGGUGCCAACUGUAUACCGCCGCCUGUGAAGAGAGCAAAAGGGGUAAAUAGAGCAGUAGUGAAGCGUGAUCUCACCAUAGAAGAUUAUUUGAAUUGUCUGUACAAUAAAACUACUAAAAGUACAGACAAUCAACGUUUUCAAAGCCGUCACCACAUUUUAUACACUGUUGUGGUGAAGAAGCGCUCAAUGGCACCGUUUGACGACAAACGAUACGUAAUGCCAGAAGAUGGUAUCAACACGCUACCUUGGGGACACUAUGCAAUACCACCAUUAAGGGUACCACAGAUACUUGAGGGACCUUAA